AUGGCCACCCGCAGAAGAGCUUCCGACUGGGAAGAGAAGGCACCAAAGGACCGCGAUCCCGAGGCCGAACCUAUCGAGGAGAGCGAAAACGAAAGCGGCAGUGAAGAGGCCGCUGAUGAAAAUGCGGGCACCGAGCACUAUGUGACCGUUGGCAAGAGCAAGCUCCGCGAAAAGGAGGGCGUUUCCCUCGGACCCCAGUAUCGUGGCGCCCGCGUCAGUCGGGAUGCGUUGAACGAUUCGAGCGACGAGGACGGCAGCGACGUAUUCGAGGAUGCGCGGGAAGACCUCGACUCGAACGGUGAAGAGUUCGACGACCCCGAAACCGCUGACCUGGCCGCCGACGAAGCCGCUGUCGGAGAUGAAGAUGUUGAAAUCUCGAGCGACAACGCCUUUGGCGAUAGCGACGACGAGCUCCACGGCUUCAUUUCCCGCAGCACCUCACAGCCCAAAGACAAGAAGGGGAGUCGCGACAAGAGGCUCAAGGCCGCCGACUUCAUCUCUGACGAGGAGGAGGGCAGCGAUGACGACAAUGAGGGUGCCGAGCUCGACGACGAAGAUCUCGAAAGCUCCGACGGCGACGAUGAGGAUCUUCUGGGCGAUCUUGAGGGCUCAGAAGACGAUGAAGAUGACGAGGACGACGCGGAAAUUGGCUCCGGCGAUGACGAAGACUCCGAAGAAGAUUCAGACGUCUCUGACGAGGACGACGACGAGGAGGACGACGACGAGGAGGACGACGACGACCAGCCGCGCCGCAAAUCCUCCAAGUCCGACGCCCGAGCCGAGCAGCGCAAGCUCAUGAGCGAAGGCCAAAAGGCGCUCGCGGCCACAAUCUCCGCCGCCGUCCAGCAGGACGCGCAGAAAGGCCUGGCUGUCCGCGAGCAACGCAAGACCUUUGACGGCCUCCUCAACAUCCGCAUCCGCCUUCAGAAGGCCCUCGUCGCGACAAACUCCUUUUCCGCGGUCGAGCCCCCCUCCAAAGAUGGUGAUGAAGAGGAAGGCGGGCAGAGCUCGGAGCCGUACGAGGCCGCCGAGGAGGCCGCGCUCAAGCUGCUCAACACCCUCGACAGCUUCCGCGCCAGCCUGCUCCCCGCCGAGCUCGCGCAGCAGGCUGCUGGCGCCAAGCGCAAGCGCGGCGACUACGAUACCUCGACGUCGAGCGAGGCCAUCUGGGAGGGCAUUCAGGAGGCCGAGCAGCGCGCGUCAAAGUACCGCAAGAAGGUGCUUGAGACGUGGUCCGCCAAGACGCGCAGCGCCAACGUCGAGGUCAAGUCCCGCAAUCUCGUCUCAACGCAGACGUCGAUCGUCGCUAGCCUCGAGGACCAGCUUCUCAACGUCGACCGCCUGGUCAAGCGCACGCGCACGCCACGGUCCUGUGCGCCUGCGCAGGUGGCGCGCAAGGUCAACGAGGACCCGGAGGUCUACGAUGACGCGGACUUUUACCAGUUGCUCCUCAAGGAGCUCGUCGAGCAGCGCACGUCCGACACCGGCGGCGGCACGGCGGCGCAGCCCACGGUACGGUGGGCGGCCAUGAAGGAGGCCAAGACGAAGAAGCACGUCGAUAGGAGGGCGAGCAAGGGCCGUAAGAUGCGGUUCAACGUGCACGAGAAACUGCAGAAUUUCAUGGCGCCCGAAGACCGGAGGGCGUGGGAGCAGGACGCGAUCGACCGGUUGUUCGGCACGCUGUUCGGGCAGAAGAUGGAGCUGAGCGAGCAGGCAUCCGACGCGGAGAUGGAGGACGAUGAGGAUGUUGACGCCGAGGAGGCCGGGCUGCGGUUGUUCCGCAACUGA